CCCCAGCUGUCAGCCUCAAGCAGCUGACCCUCUGCCACCACCGCCGCUGCCACCGCCAUGGCCCAGCCAGCUCACUGCACCCGCUCUGACUUCGGCCUCCAGUACUGCCUCCUCUUCCUUCUGGCUACUCAGGGGGCAGGUGCUAGCACAUUUCAAGAAUUUCAGAACCCUGGUGAAUCCCCAACAUCUGAUCAUUUAUCUCCUCCUACACCAAACCUUAUUUAUGCUACUCCCUCUGACCACACUGCUCUUCAUUUAGGACAAAGCUCUCCAGACCACCCUAAAUCUCCAGAACCCCAUCAACCUAAACACCACUGCAAUGCCACACACCAUUUUAGGCCAAUUCACAAACCUAUAAAGAACUCCAAAAACUUUACACCUCAUCAUAAAGCUGCUCCCACUUCUGAACAAAACCCCAGCAAUCAUGGAAAAGACCCAAUUAUCCGGAAUGGGCGCUCUGCUGACUCUAGUAACACAUACAAAAAAUUAUCGGAUGCAACAUACCCAACUACAAAACCCAAGAGUAAAACAACUUGUCUUAAGUACAAAAUAAGCACACCAAUAGUAAAGAGAAAUGCCUUUAAAACUGUAACACCUUUGGAAAAUACCAUCAUUACAUUAGACAGUAAGAGCACCACAACUCUUUCCCACCACUCAAUUAAAUCAGAGAGCAGCAAUAGACCCACAUUUUCCUCAGAAAAAAGCACAACAUACAAGGCAUCAUGCAAGACAAGAACCACAGAAAGUAAAAAAAAAGUUGAUGAUCAUACAACACCUGCUAAUUACAAUACUACAGUAGCUUCAGAUAAGACACUGAUAAAUACUAGAGAACAAACAAAAGAGACUCCAAGAGCCACUGAAAAGAACAAACAAACACCAGUAAAACCUACAUAUCACGGACAAAAGACCAUUUCAGUCCAGGUGAACACCACAAGAGCCCUAGUGAUGCCUACAGAACAUAGACAACAGAAGACAUCAGCCCGUGAGGAGAUCACAAGAGCCCCAGAAAUACCUACAAAAUAUGGACAGCAAAGCACAUUGGUCCAUGAGAUAACAUCAGCCCCAGCGAUGCUUACAGAACAUGGACAGCAGAGCACAUUGGUCCAUGAGAUCACAACAGCCACAGCAAUGCCUACAGAACAGGGACAGCAGAGCACAUUGGUCCGUGAGAUCACAAGAGCCACAGCAAUGCCUACAGAACAUGGACAACAGAGCACAUUGGUCCAUGAGAUCACAACAGCCACAGCAAUGCCUACAGAACAUGGACAGCAGAGCACAUUGGUCCAUGAGAUCACAAGAACCACAGCAAUGCCUACAGAACAUGGACAGCAGAGCACAUUGGUCCGUGAGAUCACAACAGCCACAGCAAUGCCUACAGAACAGGGACAGCAGAGCACAUUGGUCCGUGAGAUCACAAGAGCCACAGCAAUGCCUACAGAACAUGGACAGCAGAGCACAUUGGUCCAUGAGAUCACAAGAACCCCAGCAAUGCCUACAGAACAUGGACAGCAGAGCACAUUGGUCCAUGAGAUCACAACAGCCACAGCAAUGCCUACAGAACAGGGACAGCAGAGCACAUUGGUCCAUGAGAUCACAACAGCCACAGCAAUGCCUACAGAACAGGGACAGCAGAGCACAUUGGUCCGUGAGAUCACAAGAGCCCCAGCAAUGCCUACAGAACAUGGACAAAAUAGCACAUUGGUCCAUGAGAUCACAACAGCCACAGCAAUGCCUACAGAACAUGGACAGCAGAGCACAUUGGUCCAUGAGAUCACAAGAGCCACAGCAAUGCCUACAGAACAGGGACAGCAGAGCACAUUGGUCCGUGAGACCACAACAGCCACAGCAAUGCCUACAGAACAGAGACAGCAGAGCACAUUGGUCCGUGAGAUCACAACAGCCACAGCAAUGCCUACAGAACAGGGACAGCAGAGCACAUUGGUCCAUGAGAUCACAACAGCCACAGCAAUGCCUACAGAACAGGGACAGCAGAGCACAUUGGUCCGUGAGAUCACAACAGCCACAGCAAUGCCUACAGAACAGGGACAGCAGAGCACAUUGGUCCGUGAGAUCACAACAGCCACAGCAAUGCCUACAGAACAGGGACAGCAGAGCACAUUGGUCCGUGAGACCACAACAGCCACAGCAAUGCCUACAGAACAUGGACAGCAGAGCACAUUGGUCCAUGAGAUCACAACAGCCACAGCAAUGCCUACAGAACAGGGACAGCAGAGCACAUUGGUCCAUGAGAUCACAACAGCCACAGCAAUGCCUACAGAACAGGGACAGCAGAGCACAUUGGUCCAUGAGAUCACAACAGCCACAGCAAUGCCUACAGAACAUGGACAGCAGAGCACAUUGGUCCAUGAGAUCACAACAGCCACAGCAAUGCCUACAGAACAGGGACAGCAGGGCACACUGACCCAUAAGAUCACGAGAGGCUCAAGUAAGACUACAGGACACCAACUGAAGACUACUGUAGCCACAGAGCAAUCCAGAGGAGCCUCAGGAAAGCCUAUAGUACACACAAAGAAGACAACACCUAAUAGAGGGAAGAUCACAGCAAUUCUAUCAAAGCCUACAGAAAACCUAGCAAGCAACACAGCUGGCACAGAGACUAUAAGAUCUCCAAUCAAGGUCACAGGAGACCAGUCUAUCACUACUUUCUCCACUCAUCCAAAAAGAACUGAGAAUACCCCUCAGCUGCCCAUUGGCUCUAUUACACUUUCCACAUUCAGCACGGAGUUGAGUUCUGUCAUGUCAGAAGCCCCAGCCAACAAGAGCCAUCCACACCAGAACAAAGAUAGCUCAGGGGGAGGUCUCCAUGUUGGAGAAGUGGGGAAGGAUGAUUCAUUCCCUCCAUGGGCCAUAGUUAUUGUGGUCCUGGUGGCUGUAAUUCUCCUGCUGGUGUUCCUUGGCCUGAUCUUCCUGAUCUUCCACAUGAUGCGAACACGAUGUGCACUGAUUCACAACACUGAGAACAACGACUCAGAGGAUGGUGGGGGCCCCAAUUCUUACCCAGUCUACCUGAUGGAGCAGCAGACACUUGGUGUGGGCCAGAUCCCUUCCCCACGAUGAUUUUUCAGAAAGUGCCUGCCCUCAGCUCUUCCACGCCCUACCCCUUUCCUGGAUGAGGAAUUAGACUCACAAUUCCUAUUUCCUGGACUAUAGGAAGGGCAAAAUACUGACAGUUAACAGCAUCAACCCUUUGUCUGCUGUGUUCUUAUUGGAACUGGUCAAGGGAUGAGGUGAUAGCAAGAAGGAUGUGAGUUUGAGAGAUAGAAAAGAAAGUACCAGUAAUACAAACAAGUGUUCUCUGUAGAAGAUGAUGGUUGGAGAACAAAGAGAUAUAUCUUGGACAAUUGGGAUGGGGACCAAUAUAGGACAUUGAUGCUGGGAGGGCAAGAACAACUAAUGGAAGUUUGGAGGCCUCUGAGGGCAAUGCCCAGAUAUGGCUUGUGAGGUGGACUUAUGAGAAGGGGGAGACUAAGGACAAUCUAUAUUAUUUCCAUCUACUGUUAUUUAGAGAGUGUGUAAACAGGCUGGUCUCUGAAUUCCCAGGGUGGUAGUUGUUCUUCAUCUUCUUCCCCUUCCUCCUCCUCUUCCACUUCUCCUCCUCCUUCUUCUCUUUCUCCUUCUCCUCCAAUGUAAACAUUGGAUCUUAGAGGGAAAACAAGAUUUAUUUCUUUCUCCAUUCUCUCCAUUCCCAGCAGAAACAAAAAUUCCAGGAAAGAUCAUAAAUAUCUCUCAUUGAGAUGGUUCUUUCCUCCUCCUCUCAAAUCCCUUAUUUUUUCUAAAUGUCUAUGGUGGGCAUCCUGCAGGGUUGGCUUGCUGGGUAAUUGCACAAGGAGGGAUUUUGUUUGGCCUGCAGUCUCAUCCACUGAUACCCAUCCCAGACCUUCCCUGAUGGUAUUCUGCACUCAGGAUUUUGUUUUUCUGUCUCUUCCACCAAAGCCACUCGCCAGUCUUCUUUACUGCCCCAUCCUCUUUCUUCACACCUUCAUCCCAGAUUCCAAAUUCCUCCUUAGUAAGCAUUUCACCUAUAUGUUUUCUCGAUUUUUUUCUCCAACUUAUUAAAGCCCUUUUACCUACUAUUGAUUGAACAGAGGU